UCUCUCUCUCCCACUCUCGGAAGUAAAGAAAAUCGGUCUGAAUUUGAUCUUCCAACGCUGUCGAGAAAAAACCGGUGCUCCUAAUUCCCGGCAAAAGUUUUACCUUUCCCGGCGAAGAAAGUGGCGGGAAAGAUAAUCGGAGCCAGCGGCGAUGUUGAAGUUGAGACGACGGCCACAUUUUCUCAACGUUUUCUCCUCUACUUCGAGCGCCAAUCGCCUGAAAAUUCCAGUGGGAUUUAACAGAAACUUGGAGGGAAGAACUUCUGGGUCAGUUUUGUUAAGAGGACCAAGUGGGUACAGUUGGGUUGUUGAAUUGGUUCGCAAAGAUGACGACUUGUUGUUCGUUGAAGGUUGGGCAGAUUUCGUUAGAGAUCAUAGCGUAGAAUGUGGUGAUUUUUUGGUUUUUAGAUAUGAUGGUGACUUGGUUUUCGAUGUUAAAGUUUUUGAUCAAAGCUCUUGCGAGAAAGAAGCUGCUUUUCAUUGUAAAUGCAGUCAAGGUGGUAGUGAAUAUGAUAGAAUUGUAGGGCAGAAGAGAGGUAGGGAGGAUGGAGGUGUUUCACUGGAUCAAGAUUGUGAAGGGUUGGUAAAGAGAACUAGAGAAAGCUCUUCGGAAUUCGAUAGGGAUGUGGCUGAUAAAGAACAUUGCGGGUAUGAGCCGAUACUUGCAGCUAAAACACGUCGAGGAUUAGCUUCAUGUGAUGAAAACAAUGAGGGAACCAUCCUGAAAACAUCUGGCACAGAAGAUUUGAAUCUGCAUGGUGGUGGCUGUACACCGAUGGUAGCAGAAUUUGAAGAGAAAAAAGUGGCCCAAUCUUUUAAUUCGAGCUUUCCAUUUUUUGUAAGAAUUAUGAAAAGAUUCAAUGUCAGUGGCUCAUAUACAUUGAAUAUUCCAUAUCAGUUUGCAAUGGAACAUCUCCCAAAGUGCAAGACGGAGAUUGUCCUUCGGAAUCUGAAAGGAGCUUGUUGGACUGUGAAUUCUGUGCCAACAACAAGAGUGCACACUAGUCAUACUUUAUGUGGUGGAUGGCUGGGCUUUGUCCGUAGUAAUGAGAUCAAGGUUGGAGACAUUUGUAUUUUUGAAUUUGUGCGCAAAUUUGAAUUGCGUGUUCAUAUUCUUCGGGUUGGAGGGGAAGACCCGGACAGGCAAAGUGGAAAAGCAGUAUCCAAUGUGUUAAUUAACAGGUCUGAUGCCACCUUACCAAUAAAAUUUGUAAAAAAAUCUUCAAAGGUCCACUCAAAAUCUAUGAAAAAAGUUCAAAUGUGUGAUAACAAAGGAUUUAAGAUGCUUGACAAAAAAAAAUAUGGUAAUGCAGCAAAGAAGUCUGCCAGUGUUGCGCUCUGCUCUUUGUCAAGAUCAGGCAAUGAAAAGCAAGAAGCAGCUAUUGGUGGUUUGAGAAUGAUGUUGGCACUUGAUGAAGAAAAAGCAGCUCAGUCUUUUGCUUCUGGUUUUCCUAGCUUUGUGAGAAUCAUGAGAAAGUUCAAUGUCAGUGGCUCAUAUACUCUGAAAAUACCAUAUAAGUUUUCAAAGGCGUAUCUUCCGUAUUGCAAAACAGAGGUUGUUCUUCGUAAUAUGCAAGGCAAAUGGUGGACAGUAAAUUCUGUCCCAGACUCGAAAGGGCGAGCGGUGCAUACCUUUUGUGGAGGCUGGAUGGCCUUUGUUCGUGACAAUGACAUCAAGAUGGGGGAUAUCUGCAUAUUUGAACUUGUUAAUAAGUGUGAGAUGUAUGUUCAUAUAUCAGGGUCGGGAAGAAAAGGGCUAGAUCAUCAGCAUGCUUCAACUGAGUUGCUAACUUUGAGAUAAAAUUCCUUUGAAACCUUAAUUCAAGUUAGGGCACUAUUUGCAAGCGCUUCAACUGCUGCACUUAUCGAUUUGCUCUCACUUUUGGCUU